UAGGUGGCGGGAACACGGCCGGGAACGGUCGUCCCUGGCAACUGAGGGAAUGAGCAGAGCGGCGGGCCCAGCACAGCCUUCACCUGGAAAUAGGAACGGGGCUCGGGGAACGAGCCACCCAGUAUGUGAGAAAGGCCGCUCUGCUUAGUCGCUCACUUAUCGACCGGACUUUCUGUCAGGGGCUGACCAUGAGGUGAAAGUGGCCUCACGAUUCGAGCCCCCAAUCACCAUGGCCGAGGAGUUGUUCUGUCAAAGCGCCGCCGUGCUCAUCAAGUGCAAGGAUUGUGAAGACAGAAGGGAAAAUGUUCGAUUAACUGUGGGAUGGCAAAGCUCUUCGAAUCCAGUUCACAAAAAGGAAUUAACUAUCCGGUUGACUGAUGACACAAAUCCAUUUUUCUUGUAUAACCUUACAAUUGGUGAAGAAGAUUUUCAAGGUUUAAAGAUUCAGCAAGGACUGCUGGUAGAAUUUUCUGCUUUUCCACACCGAUUCAUAGAGCUUCUGGACCAAUGUAUCCAGGAACAAAGCAAAGAGGUGCCAAGGUUUAUGCUUCAGUUGGCAACCCAGCAUCAUCCAUUGGACUGCAUGCCUGCAAGUUUAGAUAUAGUAGAAACCAAUCCAUUCAAACACCUCACCCACCUCUCUUUAAAGCUGCUUCCAGGAAAUGACAAUGACAUUAAGAAAUAUUUGGCUAUCUGCUUGCAAAAUGUGAAGAUAGAAAAUAGUUCACUGCAAGAAAGGUUGCAUAGAACAGAAGAAGAUCUAACAAAAAGAUUAAGUAUCACUCAACAGACCUUGGCUGAUAAAAGUAAAGAACUGGAUAGAUUACGGAAUGAAUGGACUGCGCAUACAAACAUGCUAACAAACAAGCAUAGCCAAGAAGUUCUAACAGAACGGGAGAAGGCCUCUCAGGCUCACAUACAGUAUCAACAUCAACUGGAGCAGCAGAAGAAAGAGACAGAGGCAGCACACAAUCAAACAGUGCAGCACUUAGAAAGCAGACUCGCUGAAAUUGAAGUUAUCAACAAGGAUCUAACAGAGAGGAAAUACAAGUCUGAAUCCUCAAUACGAGAGUUGAAAGCCAAACUAUCUAGCAUGGAAGAGGAGUGUCAAAGAUUAAAACAGGAAGUUCAUUCACUGAGGAGAGAAAACACCACACUAGAUGCCGAAUGUCAUGAAAAAGAGAAGCUGAUAAAUCAGCUGCGAACAAGGACUGCUGUCUUGGAACAAGAAGUCAAAGAUAAAGAGCAAGUUGUUACCAGGACAACAGAAGUCUUUGAAAGUACGCAGGAACACAAGAAAAAUCUGGAAGAAAGUCUGGAACAAAAACAACAACAGAUGGGAAAGUUAGAAGCUACUGUGAAGUCUCUUUCAGAAGAAUUAUUAAAGGCUAAUGAAAUCAUCAAAAAACUGCAGGGAGACAUGAAAAAAUUGAUGGAAAAAAUUAGACUGAAAAAUACUGUUACAAUGCAGCAAGAAAAAGUUAUAGGAGAAAAGACACAAAUGCUGCAGAAAGAGCAGGAACAACUAAAAGAAGUUCAACAGUCUCUAAGACAAAAGGAAGAAGAGGUUUGUAAAUUACAAGAGCAGCUUGAUACCACUGUCGAAAAACUUGAAGAAAGCAAGCAGCUUCUAAAGACAAAUGAAAAUGUAAUAUCCUGGUUGAAUAAACAACUGAAUGAAAAUAAAUUAGCAGCGCUGCAAGAAACUCCAGUCUCAUUUGAUCCAUCAACAACGAUAUCUAACAGCAAUUUGUCCAGACCUGGGGGUAUGCAGAAUAGUCUGCAAUCUUUGUUGCAUCCUCCUUUUUCUACCUUGAUGCCACAGUCUGUCUCUUCUGCUUUGCCUAUGGAUAUUUACUCAAAGAACUUUGUUUCCACUGUACGGAUGAAUACUCCACCCCUGAAGCCUGGUGCACCACGACAUGGUCUUCAGGUGCACUUCAGUCCUUUGCAGCUAAAUCCUGGCAGCAUUCCUUCAAUGGAAUCUAAAACAGGCCCUUCAGCUUCGACACCAUCUCUAAUGCCUGUGUCUUCUAAAAGUGAACCAGUUGGUUUGGACCUCAAAUAUUUAGAAAAGAGAGAAGCUGGUAAACCAAUGUUGUCUCGAGUGGUGUCACUACAGAAGGCAUCAUGUCCAUCUAGCACAGUGCCCACACGUCCACCAAUGCCAAAGCAAGGAAAUCCACCACCAGUGAUGUCUGCCUACUUCCCUGGAAAACAACCUAGACUCCCUGCAUCAUGAAAAAAGAACAGUAACAAAAUGUCUCAACCUAGACCAUAGUCAGGAGAGGAGAAAGAAGUUUCCUUCCCAUUAAUUUAAGAAGCAAGGGCUUCUAGAACACAUCACUGCAAGUUGUUCAGUGAUACAUUUUAGACCUGUUUACCUUUUUUGUAAGAAAUGACUGAACUGGACAGUAACAAUUAGCAUAAACCUAGGUGCUCAUUCAAACUGCCAGAUUAAACUUUAUUGCCAUUUUCAGAAUAUUACCUUGCAUACAGAUAUGAUAUAAUCAUCAAGGCAAUGUCUUCCACACGUACAACAGCAAUAUACCAAAGUAUAUGUGAUAGAGUCAGGAGUCUAUAUUUUGUGCCUUACAGAUCACUAUACUGGUGUGAGUUAUAGAUAAUUCAAUAGAGACAAUUUGGAACAAUGUAUAUCAGAGCAUAAAUUUUGGCUAUUUUAUGAAAAUGAAGAAAAGUGAUUUUCAUUAGAGAAUAAAACUGAGGCUUCAUCCCCAACAGUCACUCUUGAUUAUGUCAUGCUACAUUAAAUUGCUGUUUCUGCAACCACAAACCUUUAGGUGAUUUAAAAACCUCAGCAUUUCUUUUUCAGUCGAUACACUGUUUUUUGAUUCUGUUCUCAGCAUUAACAAUCUUUUUGCACCAUAUUUGUCGUCUUAUUUUGUUUUGCUCAACCUAUCCAUCACGUAGAAUUUGAGAUUGGGCCGCAUGCAUGGUAUCUGUUCAUUCUUAACAGAGAAAGCUGUUUUUGUAUGUUCAACUGUCUUAGCAAACUAGUUGGAAGUGCACUGUUUGCCUUUUUAGGGAUCCAAAUUUAAGACCAUCAACUACUAAAUGAUUUCGGUUUUCCUUAAACAUGUUAUUGGAACCUUACUGUAAUUCAGUAUAUACAGUCAGUAUUACAAUACAGGAAUGGGUCUGCCCUGUAGGGACUACAGAAUUGUUGAUGAUUAGCACAAGAAGGGGGAAGGAGCAAGUUCUUUCUUAUCAACUGGACAACAGUCACGUACUUUUUGUAUCUGCAAAAUAUAUUUGAUAGCAUAUUAAAGCAAUUUGAAUACAUUUUGUUUUGUGAAAAUGCACUAUAGUAUAUUAAGUGUCAUUAUUUAACACACCAUAUCAAAUUAUUGCCUGAAGGUACAAACUGUUGCAACUUAAGUGGUUCUGAAUUCUGUCACUUCAAUAAGGUGAUUAAUAUAAUUGUAUCAGGGAUUUUAAAGCACAUCAGAUGUACAGUACUGGCAUUACGUUCCUUAUUGUGCUGUAACUAGUAAUUUAUGACCUGUUGUUCUGAAUAUAUGUCCAUGUAUAAAUUGUAAAAUAUUUUGUAU